UAACUUUCAUGUUGAUGGUCACAGAGACAUAAAACAGUCUGAAGAAUUACAGAUCAAAUUUAAGUUAAAAUGCUAUUAAAAUGUUUGGUGACUUUGCCCAAAAAUAAGGUUAUGCAUGUGUCAAGUUACUUGUUUUGAUGAGAUCUUAGGGAUACAGUUGGCUAAGAAAAAACGUGAAUGCACUUAUCCACAAGUGGAUAAGGUCUGAAAGCAGAGCGCACAAACACUGGGAAACGAAAGGUUACUUUUCUCACUGUAGAAAGGUGUGUCUACCAAAAUUAUGCAGAAAGUAGAUGUGAGUCCCUUUAGGGGGAAAAUGCCACUGUUACGCCACCAACUGGUGUGCGAAGUCCCGUGAAGCUUUGUACUGUCGUCAUCUAGCAAUUUUCCCUCUUAUUCACAGAAAUAUAGGUAUGGUUCACAGCCCAGGUCCUUAUUGAACGACAAGUGGAAUGUUCUGAUAUUAAACUUUUAAAAGAUACAGUUUAACUGAUUUUUUUAUUUUUAGUUGACAGUACUGGAAUAACUAAAUAAUCCAUAUAUCUCCUUAAAGCCUAAAAUAUAAAAUAAUUGGAGGAAAAUUACACUUUUUGUAAAAAUGCAGACUGGACCAUCUGACUUUUUUUUUUUUUUAAGUUAAUUUUAAUUUCCAUACAUGACAAAAAUCACACUGAUGAUGUAGAAGUCUCAAAAACUCACAGAAAAUCUGUGUGUUUGAAACAUGAUACACUAGGGGUUAAGGGGACAUUUAUUGGGUUUUUGUGUAGCCCCUCUAUUCACCCUCAGCCUUCAGAGCAGAGUUUUUGGAUCUCAGGGAUUAUUUGUACAGUGCAUCUGAUAGUCACAAUGCUUUACUUGUUCCUAUAUUUCAUCAUGUUACAGCCUCAUUUCAAAAUGAGUUAAAUUCACAAUACUCCGUAAUUACAAAGUCAUAAAAAGUUUGCUUGAAAUUCUUGCAAAUAAAUUUUAAAUAAAUAAAUAGUAUAACAUGAGUUUUCACAGCCUUUGCCAUGACACAGUUGGCAGCAUUGAGCUCAGGUGCACCCUGUUUCCACUGAUCAUCUGUCUGACGUCUCUUCAGCUUCGGUAAUCGACCUGUGGGCAAUUCAGUUGACUGGACAGGAUUUGGAACUUGUCUAUAAAAGAUCCCAUACCUGACACUGCAUAUCAGAGAACAAACCAAGCCAUGAAAUCCAAAUUACUACGGGACUGACAGCCCCAACAACCACAGUGGCCUCCAUCAUCUGUAGAUGGAAGAAGUCUGGAACUAGCAUGACUCUCCGUAGAGCUGUGUGUCUGGCCAAUAUCAGCAACUGAGGUCUUCGUGAAAAGCCUGAGUCAGUCAACAUGAACCAAAAGAGAGAUGGGAUAGUCUGAUACAACAUUAGGCAAUAUUAUUGGUUAGUCAGCUUUAGAUGAUUCAUGCUAAUUGCAUCCUAUUCAUGCGUGACUACAUUCACCAACUAAGAAGCUGAACUGCAUGCUAAGACAUGACACAAGCAGUGCCAGGGUGUUCAAGGUUUUAAUUUUUUUCAAUUUUCUAUUAGCUUAGAUUCCACAUGAUUGUUUACAGCGGUUACAACCCAGUUUCUCUGUAGAAAGGGGAUUAACAUUAAUGAACCAGAUGGAGAACCACAGAUAGUAUUUAAUAAGUAAAGCUUUAGUUUACUGGACAACCACUGGACACAAAUUUUGAGGAACAAAGACUCAAAGUUACCUGUCUCACGUUUGAAAGGUCUCAGUUCUUGGAAGUAAAACAACAGUAGACCUCUAACAGGUUCCGUAAUUUUUUUCUGUGAAAUGCAGGGUGUGGGCACCGAUUGGAAGUAAGGGUUUGUCUACCCUAAUUAAUGCAGAAAGUAGUUGUUAGUCAUUUCAGAGGGAAAAGUGACACUGUUAUGCAACCAGCCUCAUGCUGAACAUUGUGGCUAUCACCAUCUUAGCUUUUGAAACCAGGUUUAAUGAGCAACAUGCAAAUUGCAUAUCACUAAAACUCUAAAGCAUACCAGAUUUUACACUUUUUAGUUCAUGGAUCAAUGUAUUUCCUGAAACAGGAGUCUUAACUUUACUUUGUUUGUUUACUUUGUCUUUGUCUGUCUAGCUUCAACUUUAAUGAAUUGUCAUACUUUUACUGCUGUCAUAUUGGGUUUGUCUGCUCAGCACCAGUAACUGGUGAACACUGUGGAGAAUUUAGCGGCUAAGGAGCCUGAUAUUGCCCUCAAGAGUUGGUAACACUAAGAAAGAUGUGAAAUAUAUGGUUCACGAUAACAUGUACCAUCUGCUUCAUCUGUAGGGGGCUAUAAUGUUUUUGUGACCUGAAACAAAGGUUUUUUGUAAAUUUAAAGUUACCUCGAACUGAAAGGUAUCUUUAAACUAACCAAUGUAAAUGUAGUUUAAAUGUAACUAGAUGUUGAUUUAAUAUUGUAAAAAAUAAUAUAUGUAAUAGUCACAUAAAUUUAAGUACAAAUUUAUGACAAUUAUUUUUGUCCAGAUUGUACAGUAUGUCUAAAGUCAAAUUAGUCUUUUUUCAUAGUGCAAAAACCAAAUAGGAAAUAAAAUUGUGUAAAAUCAAGUCUGCAUGUCCACAUGUGUUUUGUGGACUUGGAGAAGGGAUUUGACCAUGUCUGUCAGGGUGUUCUAUGGGAGAUGGAUGUGGCUUGAAAGGGCUUGGUCUGCAUAGCUGGCAAUAAGUUGGACUCAUUCCAGGUGGGACUGGAUUCCUUCAAGGCUGCCCUUUGUCACUGAUUCUGUUUGUCCACUUGGGUGGUCUCACCUCUGCUUUUGGUGGAUGAUGUGGUUCUGUAGGCAUCAUCAGGUGGUGGGUUCCAGCUCGCACUGGAGGGGUUUGCGGCCGAGUGUAAAGCGGUGAGAAUCAGAAUCAGCACCAGUACCUUCAAGUCUGAGGCCAUUGUCCUCAGCCAGAAAAGGGCUGAGUGCCCACUGCCAGUCAGGGACGAGUUACUGACCCAAGUGACGGAGUUUAAGAAUCUUGGGGUCUUGUUCAUGAGUGAGAGGAGCAGGAGAACCAUAGAUGGAUUGGUGAUGCACUGGUCCGUUGUGGUCAAGAGAGAGCUGAGUGUAAAUGCAAAGCUCUUGAUUUACUGGUUGAUCUACGACUCCAACCUAAACUAUGAUUAUAAGCUUUGACCGAAAGAACGUGAUUGCGGACACAAGUGCCGGAAAUGAGGUUUCUCCGAAGGGUGGCUGGCCUCUCCCUUGGAGAUAGGGGGAGUUCAGCUAUCUGGGAGGGACUCAGAGAGGAGACGCUACUCCUCUACAUUGAAAAGAGCCAGUUGAGGUGGGUCAGGCAUCUGACGAGGAUGUUUCCUGGGCGCCUCCUGCAUGAGGUGUUCUGGGCAUGUCCCACCAGGAGUUGGCUCCGUGGCAGACAAAGGACACGCUAUCCAUCUAUUUUUUGAGUAAUCCUGCUAACAAAGAAAAAACCAAACCCACUGCAUGACUUCACUACAAGAGGUGUGAUUAUUAGACCUGACUGUAACUUGUGGAUUACAGUUUGUGAUUACUCAUGUGAUUUAAAAUGAGGAAAUGCCUGGAAGCAUCACACAGUGGGCACAAACACUUGAUUAGAUGUUUAUGCAGUAUCUAGACUCUUGUUGAUUAAAGUACAAUAUGCAUUAGUUUAAAACAAUUACUCAUUGAUAAUUCACAGGUAUAUUAGUAUAAUACAUUGCACUAAUGUGGCCCAAUAUACAGUCCCCACCAUAGUUUUUUAUGAUGGGGACUGUGAUCCCCCCCCCCUUCUGAAGGAAGGGGAUCACAGUGCAUGCUUGCAUUCAUGGUUCCCUCAAUUAACUGUAGCUCCCCAGUGCCAGCAGCAGUCAUGCAGCCCCAAACAAUGACAACCCACCACCAUGCUUGACUGUAGGCAAGACACACUUGUCUUUGUACUCCUCACCUAGUUGCCGCCACACACCCCUGACACCAUCUGAACCAAAAAAGUUUAUCUUGGUCUCAUCAAACCACAGGACGUGGUUCGAGUAAUCCAUGCCCUUAGUCUGCUUGUCUUCAGCAAACUGUUUGCGGGCCUUCUUGUGCAUUAUCUUUAGAAGAGGCUUUCUUCAUGGACGACAGCCAUCAGGCUGAUCCUCCACGCCUGGCAGCACUCAUACAUCUAUUUUCAAAAGACAACCUCUGGAUAUGACACUAACCAGUUUUGGUUAGAGCUACAUGAUGAUCAUUUUUGUGCAGUUACAAAAUUCACAAAUGCAGCUGAGGAUUGGCAGACUUCUUUAUGCAGUUCUCCAGAGAGCUUACAUCACACACGAGCAUUGUGUUUAUUUGUUACCCUGCCCUUUUGAGGCACAAAACUAAAGUUUGUAUAAUUUUUCUUUUUAUUUUAAGUCUCAGUUUUUAAAGGAGUGAAUCUCAACUGUGAGACCAACAACACUGAACAUCACACCAAAAAAAUCUCAAAGGAUGAGCUGAUUGUGAGGCGAGGCCAGCCGUUCACCGUCAAAGUUGAACUGACAGAACCUUUCAAGCCUGACUUUUACCCACUCACCAUCACUGCAGUGACAGGAGAAAAUCCAUCUGAGGACCUCGGGACAAAGUCAUGCUUUGGUAUCCCUGACAAAAUCCAGCGUUCACCGUCAGCAGAGGCAGUGUGGAAGGUGGAGCUGGAGAAGAGAUCCUAUCCACUAACAGGCUCCUUAAAUUUGACCAUUACCCCUCCAGCUGACGCUCCAAUCGGAGAGUACAACUUAACUACCAGAUAUAGGGACGAGGAAACACUGUUGGCAAAUCUGGUAGUGCUCUUCAAUCCCUGGUGUCCUGAUCCCUGUCUCUCUUUAGAUGAUUCAGUGUCUAUCUGUGAUGAGGCAGAGACACAGGAGUAUGUGAUGAAUGAACAUGGCAUAAUCUACAAAGGAAGUGGAGACUACCUCAUAUCUAUUCACUGGGACUUUGGGCAGUUUGAAGAGGACAUGGCAAAGAUUUGUCUGAAGAUCUUAGAUGUCAACCCAAAGCACCUGGAAAACCCAGCUAAGGAUGCUUCUGCUCACUGUAACCCCAUCUAUCUCAGCCGUGUGGUCAGCGCCAUGAUCAACAGUGGAGAUGAAUAUGGCUUCCUGGGGGGACGGUGGGCAGGUCCAUUUUGGGGUGGGGAUGAACCCUCUCACUGGUCUGGCAGCUAUCACAUCCUGAAGCGCUGGCACAACAUCGGCUGCCACCCAGUCAAAUAUGGACAGUGCUGGGUAUUUGCUGGCGUGAUGUGUUCAGUAAUGCGUCUGUUGGGCAUCCCAUGCCGUGUGGUCACCAACUAUCAGUCAGCUCAUGACAGCAACAAGAAUCUGAUCAUUGAUGUGUACCAUGCUGACUAUGGGGUCAGAGAGAAAGAGACCAAGGACAGUGUCUGGUAUCCAAGCCAAAGGACGGUCAGGACGUGAGUCUGAAGCUGGUGCUGAACAGUGAGAGCAGCACUGCCAGGCCUGUGUCCAUCAAUAUCAGCGUCCAGGCCAUGAGAUACAAUGGCUCACCGGUUGAAAACAUCCAGAGUGAGGUGAAGGAAGGGACACUGCUGCCUGGGAAAGAUCUGUCCAUCCCUUUUUUAUUCCCCUUCUUGGUGUAUCAUGAGCACAUGGUGGACUGUGAGAGCAUGAAGAUUUCAGCUAUGGUCACAGAUAAGCUGGAGCCGAAAAAUGUGUACCUAGCAGUGAAUGAUGUCAUUCUGUUGGAUCCUCCAAUCUCCAUCACAUAGCUGUCACAUAAGCUCAUUGCUGCUGGUAUCUCCUGUUUUACUUGGUUUAAUGCUAAAUAUAAAGAUAAAUAUAUAAUAUAAUAUACAGAAAUAUAAAGUAAAAGUCUACAGUUAUGCCAGCAGCUGCUUGAGGCUGUUCUUGGGUUUAGCAGUACUUUAAGCAAAUAAUACAUAAAUAACUAUAUUUGGUAUGUUAAUUUUUCCCAAUGAGAAUGUAUUGAUGAGAAGCAGAAUUUACUCUGACGCGAUCAUCAUCUUCUCAUGUGUUAGAAGGAUAAAGGCUUAUAAACAAAAACAAAAAAAUGUGUCACUCCUGAUGGACGUGCAUUUGAAUGUAAUUGGGUAUUUAGUGUUUUAAUGUCCACCAGUGUCCAUGUUUAUCCAUUAAGGAUGGGACAUUUCAAUUUCAAUGAGUAAAUCCGUAAAAGGUAACUCUAAAAAUACUUUAGUAGCUUUAAAAAGCAAUGUGAUAAGAGAUUAAUAAGAGAUGUUUUUUUCUUUACUUUCAUUUAGUGAUUUUCCAGAAGAAACUUUUUUGAGACUGGCUCCAAAAGGGAGUCUAUCCAAACAGACUACUGUGUUAAAUUGUCUGUAUCAUUGUGGGGUCUUUACCUUAUAAUGUAAAGUGCCUUUAGACAGCUGUUGUUGUGUUUCAUGUGUAAAAAGCACUAAUUAUACUAUUACUGGUUUAUUAUAAUCACUGUUUUUGUUUGUUUUGUUUAAUUGCAUUAAUGGUUAAAGCACUGUUGAAUGCAGAUCUGUUCAGGUGUGACCUCGCACCACAGGCUUGUGCUUCUGGACAGAAAGUGCAUCAUUGCUGUUUCACAAAAAUGUCUAAUUUAUUUGUAUUAUAUGUCAUCAUUGGCACCAUGUACACUGUUAUAAAAGCUCACACUACUGUUUUAAGCUGUUACUUACAGCAAUGCUAAUGUCAAAACUAAAGUUUGCAUAACAUAAAGAAUGUGGCUAAACCUGAUAUACAGACAGCAAACUGAAAAACAGACAGACAGACAGACAGACAGACAGACACACACACACACACACACACACACUGCAACAAUACAACAGUAAUAUUUGCUGUCAGACAGGCUUGUCAUCUCCCAAAGGAACUGGAGCUCUUAAGUGUUUAUUAGGUGCCUCCCUGUGGCUGAGAAGUAAACUGAAGAACUACACCAGUCUGUUCUAUUUGCACUGCGUAGAUCC